AUGCGACACUGGGAAUUCAAACUNCCUGCUUUGAAUCUCUCUUCUGCUGCUAAAGAGUCCCCGACACCUGUUGUCUCCAAACCUGUGGCCUCACGGACUACAAAUGUGUCCACUUUCGCCACAACGACCACGAACAAAGACACAAAGACACCGUCUAGCAACAAAACGACAACGUCUGUAUUCACAACGACACCGUCUAGCAACGAAACGACAGUGUCUAUCAACACGACACCAUCUAGCAACAUAACAUCAACAUCUAGCACAAAGACACCGUCUAGCAACACAACACCGUCUAUUACCACAACAACAUCAGAUAACACAAGGCCCGUUGCUGCUCCUCGAAAAUCCCCAACGGCGGCAAAGACGCUGAAGUCCAAGCUCAACUUCUUCAAAUCCGAUAGCCCUCCUAAAGAAGAAGAGAAAAAGACUGUAACCACCAGCGUCGUCAUCAACAAAGGGCCGAAUGCGAGCGAUAAGGUGCAGGAGAAGGCCUCGGCAGCGCAGGCCGUCACCGUGGUGGUGAAUGUUGGAGGUUUGGGUAAAAAGGCGAAUGUAAGCUGGGAUACAGAGGAGAAAUCUAAAGCAGUUAGUGGAGGAGAAGAUUCAAAGACCAAAGCAGCAGCAGCCAUCAUCUCCAAAAAACUAACAGAGGAAAACAACAACAUCAACAGUAAGCCAGCAUGGGCCAAUGUGGCGCUGAAGAAAACUGACAAGCCUCCUCAGGUGGAAACUCCGAAGAAAGAUCCAGAGCCUGUGAGAGGGAGAAGGAGGCUGAAGGCCGACCCCUCCAUCCUCGCUGAUCUGCAGAUCCCCAAAGACCCGAGCCCCGCCAGAACCAGAACCCCAGAGAGACCUGCCUCAAAGCCCCGCAGUGCAUCACCCUCUGCAUCAGAAAACAGUGACUCGCCUUCAGACUGGAGGUUGAAGCUCAAACACGUCUCCAAACCUGCUGCUCCCUCACAGCCCUCUAAGCCCUUGGCUAAUGGAGCUGGAAAACCUCAGACUUCAGAUUCCUCUCCCUCCUCUCAUUUGUCCACCACCAGCAUUUCUGUCACUCCACCUGCAGAAAAGGGAUUCCUGAAUGGGAAAGGCCAAACUACAAAUGGCACCAAACCUGAGUCCAUGAUUACCAAGAAGAAGCCAGACUACAUUCAGAAAGAGGACAUCAUAAAAGAGCUGCAGGACAUCGAAGAUAAUCUGAACGAGUGGGAGGGGAGAGGAGUGGAGCUGGAGUUGAGGCUCCGCAGCAGCGAAGCAGAUGGAGAAGAUGACGCAGUCAAUGACGAGCUCAUGAUCGAGUGGUUCAACUUGAUCAGGAACAAGCAGGUGGCCAUGCGCCGGGAGUCAGAACUGGUUUACAUGUGAGUAAACACACACACACAUACAUACAUACAUACACACUCACACACUUAGUAAAGGCCACUAUUGAGCGAUUAGUGAAACAGACUUGUG